AACAUCAAUUGAAAAUAACCAGGAAAACAAAAGACCCAAAAUGGCUGAAUUGCCAACAUUGUUACAGUUUUAUAUGUCGAUGCCGCCAGUAACCCGGGCCUAUACUACUGCCUGUGUACUGACAACGUUGGCCGUGCAAUUGGAACUAGUCUCACCAUUUCAGCUUUAUUUCAAUCCAAAUUUGAUAUUCCAAAAGUUUCAGAUUUGGCGUCUCUUAACGACAUUCCUAUUUCAUGGGCCACUUGGUUUCAGUUUUAUGUUCAACAUAAUAUUCACUUAUCGACAUUGUGCGAUGCUCGAAGAAGGUACUUUUCGUUCUCGGACCGCCGAUUUUUGUUAUAUGUUUUUGAUUGGUGCUUCGCUUAUGUGUAUAAUGGGAUUUUUCGUAAAUCUUCUUUUCUUGGGUCAUGCUUUUACAAUAAUGUUAGUCUACGUUUGGAGCCGUCAAAAUGAACAUGUUCUUAUGAGUUUCUUUGGCCUAUUUCAUUUUCAUGCUCCUUAUCUCCCAUGGGUACUAUUCGGUUUUUCAUUUAUUUUGGGUAAUUCAAUUCUUGUCGACCUAUUGGGUAUCGCUGUUGGUCAUAUCUAUUAUUAUCUGGAAACCAUAUGUCCACGACGAUUCGGUUUUCGGUUAUUGAAGACACCUUAUUUUUUAGAACGAUUGUUUCACAAUGAAGAAGAUGAAGCUGAUGCUGCAUAUGAUUAUGCUGAUCCGGUGGCUGCUGAUGAUCAAUGAACAUUGAAACAAGCAACCUAUUUUUUUUUAAUUGUCUCUGUAAUAAUUACCUGUAUCAUACCAGAUGGAAAAAUAUUUUGUGGCAAUUUUAAUAAAACCAUAUGCCUGAA